CCCGCUGCUGCCGCGGGGGCUCCGCCGCGGGCGGGCGGCUGAGGGCGCGGCCAGGCAGCAGGUAGGGAGCGACGCCCCCCCCUGCUUUCUUCCACAGCCCGAGCUAAAAUUUGGGGGCUUACUGUGCCCCCCGCUUAAACGAGCAAUGAUCGGACGCUGUCCGGGCUCCCCCGAAGGAGUUGGGCUUUGGCUGAUUAAAACAGCCUCGCGUAAGUAGGGCGGAGGGGGGGGGGGUCCCGGGCUGAGCCGCCGGGGGAGCCGGCUGGGGACUGGUAACGGGGAGAAGUGUCCAGAGCUCACAAAAUACCUCGGGAAACGCAGGGGAGAGGGGGGAGACGGAUCUCUGUGUGUGUCAGGGAUUGUCACGGCUGUUGCCGUGAAAGGGUGUGUGUGUAGGGGAUGUUGUUUCUUCCCUAAGGGUUCCCGCUAACUUUUGAGCAUCAGUGUGCGUUGCAAGCCAGUUUUACACCAGGAGAGCAAUGAAAUCCAAGAUGUACCGCAGAGACAGACUUACCUCGACCCUUGUACCACACAGAAUGACAAAGUUAACAAACAUAACACAAGAUGCUUCUGGCAUUUCAUGUGCUCAGCUCUGAUUUACCUGACCGAUCAAGGGUUUCGCCUGUAUGGGCCACACAGAGACCAGGCUUUUGCCUCACUCCGGUCACACCUGUGGCCUGAGAAUUAACCAAAAUCAUCCAGUUGCUCACUUGUUCACUUGGGACUCUAAAGGGACGCAAAGUAUUUUAAAUGCUUAAAUGCUCUUUAAAACUCUUUGGAAGAUAUUUAUAGCUCGAUUAGGCAAAAGUUGGCCCGUGUUAGCAGGAAGGAAAGUUGUGUCAUUUUUUUUCCCCCAUAGGCAAAAAGAGUAUCAGAGGUAUUUUGGGUUCAUCCCUGCCUUGCUGAAGAAAUCACAUAAACCUGGGGUGUUAUUAGGAAUCCUGAGUGCGUGUUAGUUGUGUAAGAGCCUGAUGUAGAUGUGAAGAAGGAAUUGAACUGAAUAGCCAGAGCAACUAGAGUUUCCCUUUAAGGGAACUUGGGAAAAGGGAAAAUCCCACCAGAACACUUCAGAAUUAAACUAGAAAAAAAGUAAUUAGUUUCCAGAAGACAAAAAUGCACUUGAAGAAGUUUGAACAGGCUAUCUGGCACUGUCUGCCUUGCAGUUCCUAUAAUGUGCCUGAAGUCCCAUCAUACCUCAACCUGUCCUCUGGGUGCCUGCUUCUCUGCGGUGAAAAAGGGUCUUGAAUCUUUGAACUGCCAGAAAAGCUCAUCUUUCCUCUGUACAUCUGGGGCAGGGGGUGGGACGCUCCUUACUGUGCAGUUUUUAGAUCCGUGUGGCUGCUCGUAUGUGGACACCUGACAGAUCUGUCUCAUUCAUGCUUCACUCACUCGGGAUGUAGGGACUGUCCCCCUCACGCUCGGCGGCUAUUCCGUAGUGCCCACUCUUCCGUAGCUUCACACUCUUCUCACCUUUCAGACUGUUUUAUUGGUAAGUCACCAUCUUUUAAUUCCAAAGUAGAGCUCUUAGAUGGCAUUUCAGUAUGCUGGGGAAGAAAAGGGGUUACUUUCUGUUCCUAUCUUUUUUCCUCUGAGCGGUGAAUCUGAGCAAAGGUUUGCUAUGCUGGGGAACAGAGGAGUGUAGCAGGUGGAGCGUAGCUCUCCUCCUGGGCUCCUUGCACUUUUGCUUUACUCAGGACAAACUUUCACUGAAGUCAAGAGGUUUUGCCUAGAAUUUAAGGAAAGGGCUCCAGUGUAGCAGUGGGUUUAAGACAGGCGAUUCUUUUCUCACAAGUGUUUAAAAUGUAAUGAAAGUGAUAAUAGAAGCCUCUGAAACUGUUGCACUGUGAGCAUAGGAAAGAUAUCUUUCAAGCCCUCAUUCAAAAUAAGUUUAUAAAACAAAUUAUGAAACUUCAGCUGUUGUGUAUCAUAUAUGUACGUGACCAGAUACCAUUAGAUUUUCACUGGGAAUUAUAGUAGCUCAUUCUGUCCCUCCAGAUCUUCCAGUUUGUCUGGAAUGACACAGCCCACUGCAAACUUUGUGCAGAGUGACUACUACUUUCGUUGGAUAUGAAUUGCCAGAGAUAAAAAAAUGAUACAUAGUUACUUGAUCUUUUAGUGUAAAAACAAGGAAGUAUGGCAAGUUGUGUUCUCUUUUAACAGCAUUUUUUUUUCUCAUACUGGUUUGUAAAGCCUAGAUAAUUUUGAAGAUGAAAACCCAAAUUCCAAGUUAUUAUGGACUACCACAAUAAAUGAAAGAAAAUGGGGGCUGAAUUCAUAUUCUGACAGAGACUUGUUAGGUCUCAAAUAAUUACUAAAGGACUUUUUUUAGAUAUGCCAAUAUUACAAAAUCAUAAACACACCAGCUGUCAUAAUCUGGUAGUAUAUGCAGCCUAGCUGUGUAAUUAUUUGUGUGUAUUUAUGUACAUAUAUAUGCCUAUAUAAACAUACAUGUAUGAGUAGAAUUAUAAAUAAAAUAUCAUAUUUCAUACACUUGACAGUGAUAAACGUCUUUUGUGACGGGGUCAGAAACACAACGAGAAGUAGUAACUGGCAAGUUAUAAAUGCCAGAUGAGAAUUAUUUCUCUCCUGUAGAGGGGUAUAUUUGACAUCAUGGCUUUUAAAAUUUAUUCUCUGUCUUGAUCAUUCUCUUUGUCACACACACAAACAAAUGCAACAUCCACAAAGCCUGUUUGUACUUGUAUUAAACUUGGUAACCAAUGGCAAAACAUUGAUUUUUAAAGAUAAUUCCAUGCCAUUUUUUAUGAAUAGACUAUUUUUCAGUUUCUGUCUCAGCAGAAUGAUUUUUUUUUAAGUGACACAAACAAUAUACAGCUCCCAGUUCUUAUGACACAAACCCAAGGUGCAUGAAAUCCUAGCUUUUCGUACUAUUGAAUCAAGUUGCUUUCUGAGACAGAUUCUCUGUCAUUCUUUUGCAAGUAUUUCCCCAAUAAUUUCAUUAAAUACAGAUAAAGAUGUUUCAUUUUUUUAAACUGUAUUUUUUCCAAUCACAGAAGAAAGAACGUCUCCCUUCACAAACCAUAUAUGAGACUAGGCAAUUUCCUGUCUUUGUAUUUGAAAUUGUGAUCAACAGUGCUGGAAGCAGCACUGUACAGCUAAAGUUUAAUACUACAAAAGCAAGCUUGGAAAUGUUCUCAGCUGAAAUACUGAGUAGUGUCUGUUUAAAAUUAAAUGUAGAUAUUUUGUUGUUGAACUCAAUGGUGACUACUCAAAUAUUCCGUGAGGUCUGUGAGCUCUUGGAUUUAGUCUGAUGUCAUUUAAUCAUUAUUUGUAUCAAAACACCCCUUUAAAAUGGUUGGUGUUAUUUUCGGAUGCGUUACAUUGGCUUUACAAAUUACUCACUGAAGUAUCUGUUAAUGAUGAAGGGAGAUAAAGGACCUGGAUUUCUUCAAACCCUCUAGCCAUUGGAGCUAAGUAUCUUCGCACUGUCUUUGGAAAUUGUGUCCUUCCCAUAUUUUGGUAUAGGUGAUACAGAUCUGUGGUGAAGGCAAUGAUUGCUGCAGUUGGUACCAAGAUGAACACUGAGGUUUUCACCUCCGUGCAGUUUAGAUGCUAGGAAGUAUCCGCUCCCUUCUUAAGGACUUUUUCUCUGUGUACUGCAUGGAUUUUCAGACUUUGAUAUAAAUCUUUUAUUAAUGUAAGCAAUUAGAAUCCCUUUUAAGUGUAUCCUUUGAGAAGUGCAUCAUUGUGUCAUACCUUUGGUGUCCUGAAUUAUCUCAGACUGGGCAUUGCUGGCCUGUAGCAAAAAGGGAAAAAAACAUCUUCAGUAGUAUCAGUGGAUGGAGAAAGACUGAGAAUAAAUUUGAUUCCUUUGCUUUUUACAACUUAUUAUUUUUGUUCUUCCACUAGUCAGUAGAUAAUUCUUCCAAAAAGCACAAAAAAUCCUACUUUAAUUGUAGUGAACAUUACUUAUUGAUGUGUCAAUAUUAAAAAAACGACAAUUGCUGUCUGUUCACCUUACACUGCAGGGGUUAUAAUUUUUUAGGAUGGCAGGUUGACUUCAUUUGGGGGAACAACAGCAAGCAGUAUCUGUCUUUGUCAAGAACAGUUUGCGGUACCUAGCCCAAUGGAAGCAAGGGGGACAGUGCUGAAAAUGGACCACAUUUUUGAAGAUAGAGAAAAUUUGGCAUGCUAACUUUUCCCCACCCAGAAGCUUUCUAUUACAGAUAUUAGUAACAAAAGAACAAAACUUAAUUUUGACUACUUAUUACUUAAACCUUCCUCUUUGUUUAUCUGGGCAGAAAACAAAGAGCGAGACAAACGAUAGACACAGAAUAAUGCAAAGGAUAGGAGACAAAUGAAGUGCUGAAUUUGGUAUUAUGCUAAAUUUCCUUAAUCCAUCCAAUAUCACAUUAUUCCUUUUGCUGUUGCUACACAACAACUUUUGCAGUCAAAAUAAGAAAAUUGCUGAACAACAUUAAGAUAGAAACAAACUGAUAAACUGAUUGAGGAUAAAAAAUAAAAAUCAUAUAAAGAUACUAAAUUAGUGUUAAAGAAAUAGAAUAUCCUAACAAAGUUUAUGCAGCCAUGGGUUAAUAUUUUGAGGGAGAAAAAUACAUUCUUUAGAAACACCUUGAAUGUAUUUCCAAAAGAAGAAAGAUUAGAAAUUGUUUUAAGACCAGAAGCAUUCCUGCACAAAAUCAGCGUUUCAGAAUCAGUAUAUUAAUACCAUAGUUUACAGUUUAUCAUGCUGUGCUGGAAAAGGAAUUCUAUAACAUUAAAGGCAAUGUGUUUUUGUAGGAUAUCAAAGAUCUAUUGUUAGGGAAGUUUAUGCUGAAUUAACUUUCCGAAGAUAAAGUGUAUUAGCAUUCCAGGAUUUCCAAAAAUGUUGCUUUUUGCGUGGAAGAAUACUGCUCUGCAAUUACAGGUACCUCAGUUCCUUGUAGUAAAAUCAAGUUAUACAAAAAGAACAAUAUAGAAAAUUAACAAAAUAACUACCUUAACUGAGAGCUUCAAAGAAGUUCAGUACUGACUUUGGAAAUGCUUCCUCUUGAAAUUCAGCAACAGUGUUGCUGGAAAUCAUAAUAAAUUAAAUACCAAAAAUAGUUUUCUCACUGGUAAUUUCCUACAUGUAAUGAUGAACUCUUUUUGCAGGUACUUAGACAAAAAAGAUAAGUAUAAAGCUAAAAAUUGCAAAGUGUAAUUCAGUUAUACCAACAAAAGUAAGCUGAAAUUUUUAAAGGAGGGAUAGCAGGAUGAGUUUUUUAUAGUGAUUUUUCUUGCAUGUUAAUUGUUGCAUCUGAUUUGUAAUUACAAUUAAUUAUUCCUGAAAAUAUUGAAGACAGAUGAAAGUAAAGUUUUGUGGUUUGUUUUCAGUUGAAGGUUGACAUCUAAAAGGUAGAAGUGUGUUUGUUAGGAGAAUGAAAUGUACUUCUUAUAUAUAUACUUUGUAUAUUCCAGCAUGUUCCAACUGAAAACAAGCCAGGGAUAACAGAAGCGAUGCUAGCAAAUUAUAGCUUGUUUCUCAGUUGAAGACAGCUGACAAGGAAUCUAAUUAAAUUAAACUAAACUAAAAUAAAAUCUUUAAGCCUUUCCAAAUCAGAAUUGUGUCACUGCCUAGAACUGAACAUGGGAAGCCCAUCAUAUAUGAAUUAUUGGAAGCCACUGAAAAUAUAUGCCAGGUUCUCACAGAAGUAAGAAAACGUCGUUUUAUUUCUCUGUGCACAAUUGCUGAAGUGCCCUGAGCUGUGGUGGUUUUUUUUUAGAAAUAAUUUUAUUGACUUUGCAGUACAUUAACCACAAGUGGAAGGACAUUAGGGAAAACAGUAUAGAAACCUUUCCACUGUUCCUCUCAGAAUUUGUCAUUUCCCCCAAUAUUUUUAGAUAUUCCAAUAAUUCUCUUUCCAGAAAUAAACAGACUCAAACCCGAGUAGGCUUGGAGGACAUCAGUGUUGAUGGUGUGCUCAUAGAAUUAAACUGUACUUUGAUAGUUUUUGAAUAAUCAUCUGUUUGUAUAGGGUUAAAAUAGCAGAGACAUGAGACAUUACUUGUCCCCUGAAUGCUAUAACAAAUAAAUCCUGAUAACAAAAAGAGAUUGUUAGCCAAACUUUGUAUCACACUGUGAUACAAGUGCAGUCACUUUACGAGUAAGAAUAUUCUAAUUAAAUGAACUAAUUUCCAUCUGUUCCUUUCUAAAAAUAGGCAAGAACAGCUAGAGGCAUCUCAGGUGGAAGAAACAGAGAAAUGGCAUUGUUCAAAUAUUUAAAUGUAGCAGAAAUUCUAGUUCUGAGUGUGCCUUGCCUGCCAUUGUGUGUAGACACACCUGCAGUGGCUGGUGAGAGCAUCCUGUGCUCUCCCAGACCCCUGGCUGCCUGGGACGCAGGGUUUGUAAUGAUGAGAUGCUUUAACUUGCUCUGCUUGCUCUUAUUGUAGGUUAGAAAUCUGGAACGAUGGGUGACUGGAGCUUUCUGGGGAGGCUGUUGGAGAACGCGCAGGAGCACUCCACGGUUAUCGGCAAGGUUUGGCUGACGGUGCUGUUUAUCUUCAGGAUACUGGUGCUGGGGGCUGCUGCUGAGGAGGUCUGGGGAGACGAGCAGUCAGACUUUACGUGCAACACUCAGCAACCUGGUUGCGAAAAUGUGUGCUAUGACAAAGCCUUCCCCAUCUCUCACAUCCGCUUCUGGGUGCUGCAGAUCAUUUUUGUCUCCACUCCAACCCUGAUCUACCUGGGCCAUGUGCUGCACAUUGUACGCAUGGAGGAGAAGAGGAAAGAGAAAGAAGAGGAACUGAAAAAGAAGGGAAGCGUCAAGGACAGCAACUACCCAGGAGCAGCGAUGUCUGGCAGUGGUGGUGGAGGCAGCAAUAACUCCAAGGAUCCUCCUGCCAAAAGGGGGAAGGAGAAGCUCCCAAUCCGUGACGAGCGCGGUAGAAUCCGUAUGGGGGGCGCCCUGCUCCGUACCUACGUCUUCAACAUCAUUUUCAAGACACUCUUUGAGGUGGGCUUCAUUGUGGGCCAGUACUUCCUAUAUGGCUUUGAACUAAAGCCAGUCUACCAGUGCAGCCGCCCGCCUUGCCCACACACUGUGGACUGCUUCAUCUCACGGCCCACCGAGAAGACCAUCUUCAUCAUCUUCAUGUUGGUGGUGGCCUCUGUCUCCCUGCUGCUCAACAUGCUUGAGAUAUAUCACCUGGGGUGGAAGAAGCUCAAGCAGGGCAUGACGAGCCAGUACAGCCUGGAGAUGCCGAUCACAACGCUGACACCGGUCAUGGUCACAGGGGAGACCAAACCUGUGUCCCUGCCACCGCCGGCACCACCCGUGGUGGUGACGACCACCGCACCCCCUCCCGUUCUGCCGGACACCCGUGCUGUCACGCCGCUGCUGGCCCCGGUGACCAUGGCACCGUACUACGCCGCGGCUGCUCCCAGAGCGCGGCCCCCAUCCAACACGGCCUCGGUGGCAAGCUACCCCAUGGCUCCACCAGUUCCCGAGGAGAGGCACCGUGCCGUCACCCCCACACCCGUCUCCACUCCCGUCACCAUCCCGACGCCCAUCCCCACGCCUACGCCGGCCGUCGUCAACUACUUCAACAGCAAAAACCACACGCUGGCAGCCGAGCAGAACUGGGUCAACAUGGCAGCCGAGCAGCAGGGGAAGGCUCCCUCCAGCUCGCCGGGCUCCUCCACCCCCAGCAGCGUCCGGCGUCCCCUCCCCGAGCAAGAAGAGCCACUGGAGCAGCUUCUCCCACCCUCCACCGGGCCCCCCGUGGUGGCGGCCAGCAGCGGCAGCAGCACCAGCCUGAGCGGGGCGAGCGGCACCAAGUGGGACGUGGAGGGCGAGGAGGAGCUGGCGGAGGAGCGGCCCGUCUCGGCCGCCUGCACCACGGUGGAGAUGCACGAGCCGCCGCUGCUGGUCGACACGCGGCGCUUGAGCAGGGCCAGUAAGUCGAGCAGCAGCAGAGCCAGGUCAGACGACCUGGCCGUGUAGCGCGGUGGCCUCAGCGCAGCGGGGCCGGUGGCUGGAGGCAGAGCGGGCAGGGGAGCUGCCCCCAUGGGGGUCAGGCCCGGCGCGGGCGGGGUAAAGGCUUGGGUUUCACACUUUGACGCUUGCUGUUUUUUUUGCACUCUGUUGAGUUGUAGUGGGGAAAAAUAGCAACAUUUUCUGAUAGGUCAGGGGUGGCCGAAGCGCCAGGGGACCAACCCCGCUCUCUUUAAUGCCCGUGGCGGAUCUCCCAAGGGCAGCCGUAGUGGAGGCCCGCACAGGUAGCAGGCGGCGAUGGGAGCUGGUCUUGUGCCCCGAGGCUGACUUUGAUUUGAGAACAUUGAUACCCUUAGCGCCCAUGUGCCUGCCCAUCAUCUCCUUCACGCCCUUGCCUUCCAGCCUUUUCACACAAGCUGUUCGUGAGCAGACACCAUGACUUAUUUUCUUCCUCUUAAAUCCUAAUAGAGCCCGAUGGCAAACCCCAGGAUGGCAUAUUGCCUGUUGGCACCCGUCACCUCUAUGGAACAACUUGCCAUGUUAAAGACCAAGGCGACGGCAGUCUCUUCCGUAUAACACAGCUUAAUGAAGCCUUUGUGCUCAUGGCAAGUUGCCAGUGUGAUCCUCUUGGCUGGGCAAAGUUUAGGUAACCCCUGUAAUAGAUUUUAUCAUUUUGAAGUUCAUCUUUCUCCUUUUUUUUUUUUAAUUUAUUUUUUUUUUCACUCUUGACCUGUUAGGAAGUGUUCGGUUUGACCUUCUAUCCAGUGUUUGCCGACCAUGAUCACACCUUUUUUUUUUAAGCCCACAAACACGUUUCAGCAUGUUUGAUUAUAAUUUUAGAUGGUUUCUGACAUUGCUUAGAAGAGGACAGGAAUGUAAACCACACACCUCAGAAAUGAUUACACAGAACAAUUUCUCUUCAGAAAGCAAGGAUUAUGGUUUCAAGACAUUGUGGCCCCAUACGUUGCCCGUGGACAAACAGUAGGAUAAAGUACAGCUCUGCAUUUUAGACUAUUAGAUACCAGUUUAAGUUUGUUGGAAAAAAGCUUUUUAGAAGUAAACUUGAGUGCAUAUUUUUAAGUAUUUAAACAUUUUUAGAGUAAUUUUAAUCUGUAGGUUUAAACUUACUUGGAUGUGUACUUACUCAUUUUAGUUUGAUUUUUGAUCUUACAAGAAAAUGUAAGGGGAAAGAAACUUAACUAAUGGUGAAAGUCCCAAAGCAACAUUAUUUCCUGUUAUGAUCUACCCUGUCCUUUAACAGCAAUCUGUAGUGUCUGACAAGUCCCUAAAAACAGAUUUAGACAACAUUGUUUUGCAGAAAAGGUGGCUAAAAUAUCUGGGCAACAUGCUAGUGGCUAAAGGGUCUGUUUUGAUCCCACUGAAGGCACUUGCAGAAUAUCCAUUCAUUUUACCAAGGAGCAAGAUUUGGGGAUGGAUCUUGCAGGCCUUAUUCAAUCAAAACUAAAAUUCACACGGAGUUUUGGGAGCCAGAAGGAGCGUAGAUUUGGGGCCUUAGAUAAAGACAUUAAAAUCCUGCUUUUGAAAAUUGCGCAUUUCCCUUAAAUACGGAUGGAGGAAACUGCUGGGUACUUUUUUCUAAGGUGCAGCUUUCCUUUUCACUGACUUAGUCCUCCUUUCCUUUGUAACAAGUGCUCUCGCAGAAAUCAGUCGGAAUUUUGCAUGCCUGAUGAGGCUGGUGAGAGUUUGGGUACAAAGCAACACAGGAUUAGGCCCAACUUCUGUUCUAAGCAAAAUCCAAAGGAAUUGAAGCUCAGAGUCGGUCCUAUGGCUGCUGUCUACUGGAAGCACUGUAACUGGAGCAGAGCAGUCAAACACACUGGGAUAGCCCCUCGCGUGGUCAGAGUAUUUGGCCUGGCAGUGCCACCCUUCCUCGGGCAAGCAGGGUCACCCUGUAGCAAACACUUACAGUUGCCAGUUACUCUGCUGUUAAAUGUUUUCCUCGAUGUGUUGAUUUUAUUCAACAAUUAAAAUAUGUUCCCACCACUCAAGAUGAAAGAUUUUUUUUUACUCCUUUUGAAUAGACAGAAAGAGUUUCUCGUGGUCAGAGGCGCUGUUCUGCAACCCUUGGGUGUGCUGUCCUGUGACUUCUUGACCUGCUUCUAAUCAAGUGGGUGAGAAGCCUUUCUGCUGCCACUCAUCUUGGGGCAGACACUGCAUUAAAAGUCAAUGUACAGCAGUACAAUAAAGAUUCCUACUAUUAGGUGUUCAGCUUCGGGCAUGCUCUUGUGAGUUUUCUGUGUUAUAAGCCAUAAAACGCCUUUCUGCAAGAAAGCUAAAAGCUAAAUCCUGCUCUGUGUUGGAUCCCUGCAACUGUGCUGAACGUAGAGGUGAUGCAGUUGCCUAGAUGUAAACAAAGGCAGAAUUUAGCUCUCACAAAUUUUAGCCUUAUUAGCAGCUGUAGUAGCAGUUUUUAAGUUUUGGUAAAUGCCAAAUAAUUCAAUUGCUGCAAGAAUGCAUCUCCGUGUUGUGGUACACCAGAACCCACGGGCUGUAUUUUCCUUUCCUUUAUGCUUCUGAAGAAUGAAGCCAAAGUCUCUCCGGAGUGUGUUUCUGUAACCCAGACCACCUGGAAUAUGUGCUUUUUUAUAUCGAGGCCUGAGAGCAAACCUGACUUUUUGUUUGAUGGAGCCCUGCAUCUUGCAGUCUGUAACUUACUGCAGCCCGUAGCGAGUGUCCCUUGCAGGACUGCAUCCAUAUUGUAUAUAAAGAAUUAAGAGAGAGAGUUUUAACUUAGGAUCCACUGAUACCUAGUCUGCCCGUUUGAAUUGAUGUGUGUGGUUAGGCCUGCAGAGUUUGGGUGCUUUUGUGGAAUAUAUGGUAUUUUCAGGCAGAGUAACUACUGCCAGAAAGCUGUAAAAGAUUUUUUUUUCUUUUUUUCUUUCUGUUCUGUAAGGUUCAGGGGGAGAAAUGCAAGUCUUUUGCAGUCCCUAAGAGAAAUCUGACAGGGCAGCCCCCACAUAAAGGCGAUACUAGUCUGAGAAAGCAAAGCUACAACUCACAGGUUGUGCUUUUAGGAUCACCUUGUUUAAGUUCCACCAAAUAACUCUACAGUGUCAAGCUUCUUGGUUGCCUACAAUUUCAUUUGGAGUCCAGUAAUUUUUUCUUCGUUUAAGCCCAGGUAACUGUUUUGGCUGAAAUCCCCUUUUGUGCUUACCACUCCUUUUAGUUCCUGUGUCACAUUUGGGAUCUGUUGGAAAAAAAUCCCAUUGGCAGAUUUUGAAUAAUUAAUCUUUAUUCAUGAAUUAUCGCUGAAUUCAACAUAUGUGAGUAAAGCAUAAAGACCAAACUCCGGAUUUGUCCUAAUGCACAGUGUUACAAUAAGACUACAGAUCUUAAUUGGAACUAAUGGAAAAAUUAUGAUGAGGCCUAAUCCUUUUCACUUUUUUCCUGAGUAAGAAUUACAGAUAGAAAUUAUUUAGUGUCUAAUAAGAUAUUUUCAGUACAUAGGUGUUAGUUAAUGUAUCAAAAGGUGAGUGUUUCAGUGAUCAAAGGUAUUUGCCCUGUUUUGGUAUUAAAAAAGAUUAGUUUUCUAUCUUCCGUAAUUCUGGAAAAACUGUACAAACACCAACUAACUUGCAGAACAGAGUCUGUUGGCAAAAAUAGCUGUUAAUUUUCAAGUUGUUUACUCUUAUACAUUAGUUAAUUCCGAAGAGGGGGCUGGUAGAAAAUAGCACUUUGAUUUAGUCUGCUCACAUGGCCAUUCAAGCCACAGUCCUGAAAGAUUGUAUUCACACCCCUAACCUGAAGCCAGUUAUUGCAGAAGAGGCACAGAAUCAUGCCUGAUCAAUCAACUAAACCAAACAACUCUUUUUUUUUUUUUUUUUUUUUUUUUUUUGCUCUUUUAAUAGAAUGUGGGAAGAUUGUCUUAACUAAAGUAAAAAAAAUAAUAAUCUAAGGUAAACUAUGAAGAAGAGAAAAAUAAAGAAACAAAAUGAAACAAAAAAAAAGAGAUAUUCUUUGAACAGGCUACCAGGUGUAUGAUGUGCUACUCUUUUCGCAGUGAGUCAUCUCCCUGUUACUAGUUGACCUUGCUUUGAGCAAGGGGGUUGGACUAGAUGGCUUCCAGAGGUCCCUUCCAACCACAGGGAUUCUAUGAAACACAUUUUCCAAAUCACUAAUGGCAACAUUACAUUCUUCAUAAUAGUUUUACACAGAUGUAGUAAAAAUAUAUCCAUAUUGCACAUAAAUACAUAGUUUCUUGGCCAUGGGCACGUUGAUCUGUUUUCUGUCACUGAGCUUUUUUAAUUAGCGCAGCUGUCAGUUAAUAGAAAAGAAAACCAAGUACAGAUGAUUUAAAACCACACAUUUCUUCCCUUUCUAUUUUGAUUAAAUGAAAACAGCCUGCUAGAACCUUCCCUUUAUAAAAGUGGUAUAUUUUGCCUAUGAAAAUCAAUCUCUUGGUUUUUCAUAGAUAAAAUAAGUGCUCCUUGAAUCUGUUGGUCCAUGCUGGCAUUGAAAAAUCCUAAAUUCUUGACAAUAGGUAGUAUCCACUGAUGAAGCAGAUGAGCUGUGUUCUUCUCUGGUGUAAUUUGGAAGCCAGUUGUGUGCAAAGUGGUACCAGGGAUUGAUUUGGCUCAGUGUAUUUGUCACUUACAAAGGCACAUGGAGCUAAUUAAAUGUCUGACAUUUUGCAGCUCUUGAGAUUAUUUUCUGGUAUGAAUGCAUAAGUGUAGGAUCGGUAAAAUAAUUAAGGCAAGCUUUAAAACUCAGAUGAAUACUUGGGUCCUUUUUCGGUGAUUCAUGGGACCACCCCCUCUGCUGAUGCGAAUUGUUGCAUUCCACUGAGUUCGUGUGAGUGAUAACAGUCUGCAAAAGGUUGUCUGCAAAAGCAGAGCAUUGAGCCCCCCAGCUCAUUUUAUUUAUUUAUUUUUAAUACAUACACUAACACCAUGGAUUUGAACAGGCUGGCUUUUUUUUUUCCAGAUGUUUUUGUUUCAUUUACUUUGAUUUUUCUUGUGAAAAGUGUGCUCUUGUAAUUUUUGAUUUUCUGAAGUUUACAUUCAGUUUUUGAUUUCAGAUUGCACAUUUGGAUGAAAUUGUUUUCCAAGUUUACAUUUGUAUGAGAAGUAAAAAAAUGACUCUGCCAAAAUCUUAAACCUAAAAGCAAAAUGUCAGAAAUGUCUUACUCUAACACAGGAACUCUUCAGACAUAAGGCAGUACCACUAAAGAAAAGGAAACCUGAUCACUGACCUAUAGCAUCAGUUUCUCUGUAUAUUUAAAUGAUGGGAGCUGGAUAUAUAGGGAGCACACUAUGGAAAAAGAUGCUUUUCACCAUAAACUUAAUUAUUACCGAGUAAAUUCAUUAUUAUUGAAUUAAGUUCAUUAUUAUUGAUAUGCCUUCUUGUGUGUGUAGAGGUUUAAUGACAAAAACUAGCUGUGGCAUAUGUCUUUUAAGAGCUAAAUUUACAGCCUGCUUUUAAAUCCCAAACAAACUACUCGUGGAGAAACACUGCACUGUUACCCGUAGAAGAUUUUCGAAAAAGGUAAAUGUUUUGUUUUCCAGCCAACAAUAUGGUUCUGAGCCUGCAAAUGCAAUUUCAUCCAAGUUAUUUUUACUCUUGCAAAUAAGAUCAUUAAAGGUAAUGGGACUAUUUGCAUAAGCAAAAAACACUGAUGUGGAAAAGAAAUUGUAAAUUUGCAUUUUAAGUUCAUUGUAAAAUGCCAAUCAAAUUCCAGAAGUUUUAGUCCUUGAAGAGUUAUGCAAGAAAUGUGACCGUACUUUAAGAUGGAGAAUAUAUUCCUGUUCCCAUUGACACUGUUUCUCACAAUUAAAGGGUUGUAAAGCAUUAGAAAGCUUACUCAGAGCUUUCUUGUUGCUUACUGGGUGUUUGUCUUUUACAUGACAGAACCUGACAACAAACAUAACAAGUUUUCUGGGCCAUCAGGGACUUGUAAUAACCAUAAAAGCAGUAAACGGUUAAAAAGUGCUGUCUUCAAAGAAGUGCCUUGUGUAUUAAACUCUGUAAGAAACAAGUUGAUGUAAAUGUUAAUUUACCUCAAAUGUUUACAAAAUCUUGACUAAAUAAACUUUUUGUACCACA